AUGAACAGUAUUAAUAUUCUGACUGUUUUUCUAUUUGCAUAUUUUGUUCAUGCUAAGGUUGGUAUUCCGAACCCAUUCGAGGGCACAAUCAAUAAUUUUCCCUCUGGAUGCUCACCAAAUCAUGGACUUUAUAAUAGAGGCUUGACUAUGGAACUAUAUAACUAUAGUUAUAUUCACCCGCAAAGUAUUCAAAGCUAUUUCAACACCAGUACACUAAAGAAAAUGGAAAAAGGCCAAUGCUGGGACCCAUCAUAUCUAGAUGUAAAUUAUCCCCGUACAGGCUAUAAAACACACAAUCGAUUUGCUAAAGUGAAUGGGAUAGACGGUAUCUUAGAUUUUGAAUUCAACCCUACCAGAUCAUGUGUACCAUCAAAAGGACAACUUCCACAGAAUUAUAAUUACCCAUUGCAAUUCACAUUAUCAAACUUUACAAUGCUUCUCUAUGGAUAUUUCAAACCGAAAGUUACAGCGAAACAUACAUUUACAAUAUUUGCGGAUGAUUUAUUAUUCCUCAACUUUGGAGCAGGAAAUGCAUUUGAUUGCUGCCAGCAACAAGAUACAAUAGAUGAUUUUGGAAAUUACCAGGCUUAUGCCCUAUGGGGCUCAGAUACACAACAAAAUACACUUACAGUCAAUUUGGAUGCUAAUAUAUACUACCCAAUAAGAAUGUUUUACAAUAAUAGGGACUUUAAAGGUGCGCUGAAUAUGUAUUUUACUACCGAUGAAUCCAAUACAAAAAUAAACGACUUCUCCGGUUAUCUCUUUAAUAUACCAGAUUCAUCUGAGGGAUGCCCUGCCCACAUUUCUUAUGAAACCGAAUGUGGUAAUGUAUCAGGAGCAAUUACUUAUUCAACGGAAUACAUCACAGAAUCCAUAGAAUCACCUAACAUACCAGUGACUUCGACAAUAUUCCAUAUCCAGGUACCUUGCCCAAGCUCUUCCACUUCUAUUUACUGUAGUGAUGGAUUUUAUGACCCAAUAGCAAACUCCUGCGUAAAGACAGAAUCUUCGGAGAUAAUUGUCGCUACCGCUUCAACUACAUAUACCCCAGGGCCCGUAACUGAUACAACAACAAUUUCGACUUAUGUCACUCAUAUUACAGGUUCUGAUAAUCGUGACACACCAGAAACGGUGUUUGUUGUCGAGACCCCUGAAGACCCACAAUCACCCUCUAAUUCACAUAUACCCUCCUCCUCAGUAAGUUCAUCUUCUGUUUGGCCUUCAAGCAUCUCAGUAACAGAAAUCCCAUCUAGUAGUGUUUCAACAAUUGAGACAUCAAACAUCACAUAUUCACAAACUCUAUCAACUAGCCCAUCAACUUUUGCUUCGUCUAAUAUAGUACCAUCACCUUCACAAUCAUACAUUUCACCAGGAGAUUCAUCCAUUUCAUCAUCGUCCAGUUUCUAUUCUAACAGUUCCUCAACAGAUAUACCGCUAACAAAUCCGUCAUCUACUGCAAGUUCAGUAUCAACAUUUAACACAAUUAUUCCUACUGCCUCAACAACUUAUGUCCCAGGAUCUGUGUCAACUAUCACCACCAUUUCUACCUACACCACCUAUAUUACGGGACCUGACAAUCGUGAGACACCAGAAACAGUGUUUGUAGUUGAAACACCUCAGGACCCAGAAUCGUCCAGUUCUUUCUUCACAUCUACCAUAAUCACUCCUACUGCCUCAACAACUUAUGUCCCAGGAUCUGUGUCAACUAUCACCACCAUUUCUACCUACACCACCUAUAUUACGGGACCUGACAAUCGUGAGACACCAGAAACAGUGUUUGUAGUUGAAACACCUCAGGACCCAGAAUCGUCCAGUUCUUUCUUCACAUCUACCAUAAUCACUCCUACUGCCUCAACAACUUAUGUCCCAGGAUCUGUGUCAACUAUCACCACCAUUUCUACCUACACCACCUAUAUUACGGGACCUGACAAUCGUGAGACACCAGAAACAGUGUUUGUAGUUGAAACACCUCAGGACCCAGAAUCGUCCAGUUCUUUCUUCACAUCUACCAUAAUCACUCCUACUGCCUCAACAACUUAUGUCCCAGGAUCUGUGUCAACUAUCACCACCAUUUCUACCUACACCACCUGUAUUACGGGACCUGACAAUCGUGAGACACCAGAAACAGUGUUUGUAGUUGAAACACCUAAAUUCUCGGAAUAUAGGACAUUAAAUAGUAGAACUACAAGAACCAGAACUACAAGAACCCUAGUUCCACAAACUGAUACAACUUCCAGUAAUAUCGUCACACUACAAACGGAACAUUCUAGACCUGAAACAGUUAUUAUCCAUUUAGAUACGUCUUUCUAUUCUGAUGUACUGACUUCGCAUUCUCAUUCAAAUUACCGCAAUUUUGCCACCAAAAAUACAGACAUUACACCCUGUUCAAGUUUUGAUACUUCCCCCCAAAACGCCAGAAAAACAGAAGAAUCAGGAGAAAUGUACACAACUGUUAAAUCCAUUUCAUUUUCAUCAGCCAUAUCAAGUGAACCAAUAGAGUACCAACUACAAGCUUCAUCAAUCACCCUUCUACCAGUGAGCAGUACCUACCUGAUAAUAUUAACGAUAAUAAUGACAGCAAUAUGCCUGAUAUAA